AUGGAACCCUGCAUCCCGGGCUCCGACAAGUCGGCCAGGAGGCCCUGGCCCUGGCCCUCUCACUGGAACCCCGCCACCGUGCCGUGCGCCUUUGCCGCGCUGCUGGUGCUGGCCUUCCUGGCCCUGGAGGCAUCCCGCAUGACCGCAGCAGACCGGGCAGCUGCCGUGGAGCUGGGGCCCUACUGCAGCGGCGGCAGCGAGGCGGUGGAGGGGUGGGGCCCAAUCGAGCUGCAACCCCAGGAUGCCGCUGGCGACGAUGCCGGCGACGCAGGCGAGGGCAUGCUGCCCAUGUUGCUGAAUGCCACCCUGGCGGCGUUCCUGGAGCGCCACUGGGAGCAGGGCAGCGCCACCGCCGGCUCAGGCUGGGUGCCUUGCGGCGAGCAGGAGAUGCAGGUGGCGGUGGCGGGCUGCGCACGGGCGGCCAACGAGUCGCAGGUGCAGGAGCUGCUCCUGUGGGCCAACUUCUCCUGCCCCGGCUUCCAGGACACGGCCGGCGUCAAGGCCAGCAUCAUGCUGCCGCUGGAGGCUGGCAGCUGGGGGGAGGGCGUGGCUGACGGCAUGGAGGUGGAGGUGGAGGUGCUGUUCACCGAUGUUCAGGCCGGCGGCGGCAGCGGGCUGGUGCCGGCAGGCGCGUCCGCCCGCGCGCAGGAGGCGGGCCCGGUGCGCUCCGCCCCGCUGCCUGCCGGCCCCGAGUGGGAGCGCGGGCCGGAGGCGAAGGGGGCGGGGGAGUGGAAGGCCUACAGCAAGAAGCACCAACGCAUCAACGCCGGCAUGGUGGCCCAGGCCAACGCCUCUGCCACCUGGUACGACCUGGUGCUGUAUGGCGACUCCCUCACCUGGUACAUAGAGCGGGAGGGGUUCGAGGCGUGGCACACCCGCUACUUCUCGCCCGCCAACGGCUGGGGCCCCACCGCCGCCAUCGGCGUGGGCGGCAAUGAGCUGGCCGACCUCAUGUGGCGGCUGGCGGAGGGCGGCGAGGUGCCCGCGAUAGACCCAAAGGUGGUGGUGCUGCUGGUGGGCAUCAACGACCUUUUCGCGCACCACCCCCUGGACCAGACGGCGCAGCGCAUGGCCUUCCUGCUCGACUGGCUGCGCGCGGGCCUGCCCCGCUCGCGCCUGGUGCUGCUGGCGCUGCUGCCCAACGCCGGCGUGGACACGGCGCACAUGAACGAGCGGUACGCGCGGGUGGCGGCGCAGCGCGGCGUCACCUUCCUGCCCUGCGCGCAGAGCAUCGACCCGCACGACAAGUACUGGCUGUACGACGGCACCCACCCCAAGCCGCCGGCGCAGGAGGAGCUGAUGCGGUGCCUGGAGCCCGCCGCCAAGGCGCUGCUGGCCCAGCGCUGA